AUGCCCUCUGCCGCGCUCGCUGCUCGCUUUGCUUGCUACCAGCCGCUCCGGCUGCCGCCUGCCGUUACCUCUCUCGGGAUCUUUCCUUACGGAUCCUUACGGAUCUCUCCUUAUUUUCACAGGCGAUUACAGCAAAGUUAUGCCCCAGGGGCAUCUCGCUGUAGCUGCAGCGGCCCUGGACCCUGCGCCUAUACUGCCUGCAAGAACCGGCCCCUAGACCUCGUCUUCAUCAUAGACAGUUCCCGUAGUGUCCGACCCGAAGAGUUUGAGAAAGUGAAAAUCUUUUUGUCAAAAAUGAUUGAUACUCUGGACGUUGGUGAAAGAACAACCCGUGUGGCGGUCAUGAAUUAUGCUAGCACCGUCAAGGUAGAGUUUCCCCUCCGGACCUACUUUGAUAAAGCAUCUAUGAAGGAGGCUAUAUCUCACAUUGAGCCCUUGUCUGCUGGCACAAUGACUGGCCUAGCCAUCCAAACUGCCAUGGAUGAAGUCUUCACUGAGGAAAUGGGCACCCGGCCAGCAACCUUCAAUAUCCCCAAGGUGGUCAUUGUUGUGACAGAUGGACGACCACAAGACCAGGUUCAAGAUGUGGCAGCAAGCGCCCGGAUGGCUGGCAUAGAGAUCUAUGCAGUUGGGGUAGACCGGGCAGACAUGCAAUCCCUGAGGAUAAUGGCCAGUGAACCACUGGAUGAACACGUCUUUUAUGUGGAGACCUAUGGUGUGAUCGAAAAGCUGACAUCCAAAUUCAGAGAGACUUUCUGUGCUGUGAAUGUGUGCGCGCUCGGGACCCAUGACUGCGAGCAGGUCUGCGUGAGUAACGGCGGAUCCUACCUUUGUGAUUGCUAUGAAGGCUACGCUCUCAAUCCAGAUAAGAGAACCUGCUCAGCUGUGGACAUGUGUGCUCCUGGAAGGCACGAGUGUGAUCAGAUCUGUGUGAGUAACAACGGAUCCUAUGUCUGUGAAUGCUAUGAAGGCUACACCCUGAAUCCAGAUAAGAAGACUUGCUCAGCCACGGACAUGUGCGCAGCUGGAAGGCACGAUUGUGCCCAAGUCUGUCUGAGUAAUGAUGGGUCCUACAGCUGUGAGUGCUUUGAAGGAUACACUCUGAAUCCAGAUAAGAAGACUUGCUCAGCUGUCGACAUGUGUGCACCUGGAAGGCACGACUGCGAGCAGGUCUGCGUGAGAGAUGAUCUGUUCUAUACCUGUGACUGCUACCCCGGCUACACCCUGAAUCCAGACAAGACGACCUGCUCAAGAGCCAUAACGAGCAGUCUUAUAACAGCUGAAGAAUCCUGUAAGUGUGAAGCCAUAGCUGCCCUGCGGGACUUGGUCACCUCACGCCUUGAAGCUCUGUCCACAAAAUUAGAUGAAGUGUCUGAGAAGCUGCAGGCAUACGAAGGCAGCCAGCAGGUUGUCUAA